AUGGCUGAUUCGGAUAAAAGUACAAAAAUAAUUGAACAGGUUCACGUUGAUUCUGAACAAGAUGAAGUGACCUCAACUGCAGCAGAAAAGAAACAUUAUGUUUAUCAUGCUGAAGAAAGAAAACGUCGAUUGGACGGAGGAGUCCAGUAUAGAGAUAUUAUGAUGAUUCUUUGUGCUGGAUUUGCUUUGAUUUCAGAUGGGUAUCAAAACAAUGUUAUGUCUAUGUUAAAUAAAGUGUUCGCUAUGGAGUAUCCAAAGGAGUAUACUGGGGAUAUGUCGUCUCAAGUCUCCAAUGCUUCGUUGGUUGGUACGAUUUUAGGACAAUUUGUUAUUGGUAUAUGUGCAGAUUUGAUUAGUAGAAAAUGGGCUAUUCUUAUAGCUACUUGUUUUUUGGUGUUUGGUAGUGCCUUAUGUGCUGCAUCUCAUGGAAAAACUGUUAACGGUAUGUUUUGGAUGAUGACGAUUUUUAGAGGGGUUACAGGGUUUGGUAUUGGUGCCGAGUACCCGUCAAGUUCAGUUGCUGCAAGUGAAGCCGCAAACGAAUCAGUUAAAAGAAGAGGUGCUGCUUUUAUAUUGGUUACUAAUGUCCCCUUAUCGUUUGGUGGACCUUUUGCCUCUUGUAUUUUCUUAAUCGUUAACAAGAUUACGAAAACUCACCUUGAAGGGUUAUGGAGAACCAUGUUUGCCAUUGGAUGUUUCUGGCCAUUAUCUGUGUUUUAUUUUAGGAUGAAGAUGGUUACUUCAGAAUUGUUCAAGAGAUCAGCAAUGAGGAAACAACCUCCCUACUGGCAUGCUUUGAAAUUUUACUGGAAAAGAUUAUUUGGCACUUGUAUUUCAUGGUUUUUGUACGAUUUCGUAACGUUUCCCAACGGUAUCUUUUCAGCUACAAUCAUCUCAAAUGUUAUAUCAGACACAAGGGACUUGGAGAAAAUUGCAGAAUGGAAUUUGUUAUUAGGUGCCAUUGCCUUGCCCGGUUGUUUUGUAGGGGCUUAUUUGGUAGAUAUCAUUGGUAAAAAGUAUACCAUGUUGAUUGGAUUCAUUUGCUAUAUUGUGUUUGGAUUAAUAGUUGGUUGUGCUUAUUUUCAAGUUAAGAAAAUCACCGCUUUAUUCAUUGUUCUUUUUGGAUUGAUGCAAAGUUUUGGUAAUGCCGGUAUGGGUAAUGUUUUGGGGUUGGUUUCUAGUGAGUCAUUUGCUACUCCUGUGAGAGGUACAUUUUAUGGUAUCAGUGCACUUGUCGGUAAAAUCGGUGCUGUUUGUGGUACCAAGGCAUUUCAGAGAGUUUUGUUGAUUGGAAGCAAUAAAGAUAGUGGUCAGAGAUGGGUUUUCAUCAUUGCCGCAUGUUGUGGAGUUGUUGGUGUGAUUGUUACUGCUAUUUUCAUUCCACAUUUGAAAGUUGACGACUUGUUAGAAGAGGAUAUUAGGUUUAAAAACUAUCUUUUGUCACAAGGAUAUAAGGGACAAAUGGGAUUAGAACCAUCUGAUGAAGAAAAAGACAUGGAUACUGACGAAACUGAUGGAAUCAAUGAAACGGAUGAAGUUAAUGAAGCUAAUGCUGAGAAGAGUAAAGAGGGAAUUAUAACUCCUUACACAGAAAGGACUAAGCAUCAUCAUAAUCUUGGUCCAGAAAAUGAUGAAAUAAAGGAGAAAAAAGGUUUAUCUCGAUUUGGUGUCGGCAUUAUCGAUUGGUUUGGUAAAGUAUAUAAAUAG